CCUCAUGUUUUCUCAAUGACAUCUGCUGUGAAACUGUGGCUUUGGCCCUGCAGACACCAAACUCACCCCUGAUGGAGCUGGACAUGAGUAACAAUGACCUGCGUGACUCAGGAGUGAAGCUGCUCUCUGCUGGACUGAAGAGCCCACACUUCCAGCUGAAGAUACUGAGAUUGGCAGGAUGUGACCUCACUGUUCAGUGCUGUGAAAUUAUGACAUCAGUUCUACAAUCAUUAAACUCCCGUCUGAUCAUGAGUGACGAUGAGCUGACGGAUUCAGGAGUGAAGCUGCUCUCUGAUGGACUGAAGAUGGACUCAAACUGUCAGCUGGAGAUACUGAGGUUUCUUUCGUUCUAUCUUUCGUUCUAUCUCUAUGUCCUUGAAGGGCAAUUGGUUUUACAGCAAGCAUACAAAAAAGUAUGCAUUGAAAAUGUAAUAAUAUCUACACAAGACAACAACAGGCCCAAACAACUACACACAAUUGGGACAAGUUGGAGCUAAUACCUAAUAAUAAUACAGUUAAUACCUUGGAAUUUUUCAGAUUGUAUUUUGUUGCUAAUGACUAUUAUGACAAAUGGAAAUAAAAUCAAUAUUUUUUUAAAAUGAGAGACUUUUUCAUAGCUAGAAGUUCAUAUUUGAACAAAGUGAAAUUAAUGAACUUGUUUCAAAAUGGACCCAGUUUGAAGAUUCUUUAUUAGUUCUGAAAGAGAAAAGAAUAAUCACACGAAUUUGGGAAAAUACAUUUUUUAUUGUGUUCUACCGCCAAAUCAAGGGUUUUGAUGAACUGAGUUGAUUCUGACACAGACACAAUCACAUGUACAUUUCAAAACGUUGGUUUGUACAUAGUUCAUGUGUCUCUGAGAUCGAUUCCUCCUGCUAAGAGUCACUGUGCCAUUUGUACUUU